AAAAGGCCUCAGUUGCACAGAAGCAUAGCGCCUUCAGUCGCCAGCUUUCUUUUUCUUUACUUUUAUAGAAACCGAAUGUAGAUUAGAAUCACCCUCUUUCCUGAAUACCUGUCUUCGGCAUUUCUUCAGGCACCAGUAGCCGUUACUUUUGCGUGAAAGUCGCGUGAUAAGAGUUCGCUUCAACCCUUCGUAGUCAAUUUCCAAUAUGGCCGGGAUGAAACCGAGAGCUGGCAGCUACCUCGACGGUUUAGAACUUCAACUUCCAUUGAGAAAAAAUACUUUAGAUACUGCUCCUAACACCGUACUUUCUCCAAUAACAGAGCUAGCAAAGAAUCUGGAGAACAGGUAAGCUUGUAUUUCUUCUUUCGUUUUAAACACAAAUGGAGGCAUUUGAUAUCGAACGACUUCUAACUUUCCAUAUGCACUCCCAAACAAAACAUCCUCGUUAGCGACCAUGUUUUCUUGCUUCUUCAUUUCUGUAGUUUGGGGAGGACUCCUAAAAGAAAGCUUUCAUUGUCUGGAAAUGAUUGCUUAACACCGAAAGUAAACGGAACUUUUCAAAGAUCGCUUUCGACAACGUCGAACGAAUCAGGUAAUCCUUUUGAAGAAAAUUUUGAGUAUUCUGUGCAUGCGAGCUGACACAGGAUCGAGAAUAAUUGUCCUGGAAGGUUUAUGAAAUUUCCUUCUUCAUUAUUUUUACUCUUUUCUUCUUCUUUCUUGUAGGUUAUUGCCCUGAUUCACCACCUCCUGGAUUUGAUUUUGACUCGCCAUCAAUGGAAGUGCUUAGGUGAGCAGGAUUUUAUGCAUCCAGUGAUGCCGGAAUUUGGUUAUUUUUGCCCCGCAAUUUUGCGAGAGUUUUAUCGAGGUUUUUCGUUAAAUAAUACCGCUUUAGGUGCUGCUCAGCUUAAAAAAACUAUCCUUUUACCUGUGUUAAUUCAAUUUUUAGUUUAUUUCAGACAGUAGAUGUACCACGCUCGAUCAGUCCAGUUUUUAUAGAAUGUUUAUUUGCAAUGCAGUGAGCUUUUUGUAAGUCCAUUGUUAAAUCUUUCAUUAAACAAAAUUUUCUUUGCUUCUGCGACUACACAAUAAAAGACUUAUAAAAUCAGUCAAACUACUCCAGUCAUGACAUGGAUGCUCACAAGUACUCACCGGGCUGUACUCGCCGAAAGGCCGCGAAAAAAGUGGAGAACCACAAAAUUAAUGAACUUAAGCUUAAUUAGAGAGGUAAAACGUCAGUUACUGUAGGAGAUAGAAACAUUUUAUUUCGCUACAGAAAGGUUGGUGAUUUGCUUGUUUUAUCUCUUAAUUUAUGAGGUAGUCGUAACUAAAGUCGAGUCUGUAUUUUUUCUCAUUUUUCAGAUAUAACGCCGAGAAAAGGAGACAGAGGUUUGUGUGAUAUGUGUCUUGUUAAGCUAAUCUUGAUAUUCACAAUUACAGGUCUAAAAAGAUUUUUUGUUGAAACCGUUUAGAGAUUUGACAGUAAGUGAAUACAGCAGGUUAGAGCCUUUCCUGAAACAUCUAUAUUGUUAAGUAAUUCAUGCCCAAUAGCACGUGUAGCCUCCAAGAAUUCGAUCAUUUAAAAUUAAAUCCGUGGUUUUCAGUCCAGCUGUUUUUUCAGUACACGUGGUCUCCUAUUGUUCAAAGAAUCCUACUGAUUGACAAUUAGGCCCCCAUAAAUAAAGCUUGAUUGUUGCUGUUAUUGUUCAAAAGGUGUAUAACGUUAACCAUUGGAAAAAUCUCUAUUUACUGGAUAGGGCAAUAAUUGGUUUCCCUAGUACUUAUCCGUUGGAUGGUGAUUUAUCCUGUGGAUAACACUAUUCAUCUUUAGAACAACCUGGGCCAGCUCAAUAAAGUUUUCUAUAAUUAUUAUAAUUAUGCUGCAGCAGCUGUAUCUGCUGCUUUUUGUAAUUGUGUUAAAUAACUUAAAUUGCUUCAGUUUACAUAAUUCUUAAUGCAGAAUGAUGGAGCAGCGACUGUCCAAAAUUAAUAUAUCUGUAUGACAUUGCUUAUUUUCUUUUUUCCUUUUACUAGACGGCCUUCUUUUAAAAGGUGGCAUUCUGUACCAGUAAGCAUCCUGUUAAAUUUUGUGUCAAUCAGUCUUAAAACUUUUCACACUGCCCCCCUUCCCUUUCCACUGUGGUAAUAGCCCACGUUUGAUAUAUUUAACAAUUAAUGAAUGAGGCUGAGUAUCUUGUGAAGAAUUAUGGAGAUCGAGGAGGGUGUUAUCCAUCGGGGCCGUAGGCCGAGGCUGAUGACACCCUCCGAGAUCUCCAAAAUUCUUCAUAUGAUACGAAAGCCAAAUUCAAUAAUUGUUUUAUUAUUCAUUCAAAAUAAUUCCUACUUUAAAAACACGGCUAAAACACGCUAAGCUCCAUCGAGCAUCGAUGUUAAGUUUAUCUUCGAUAGUGCAUGUUUAGAUUUGUCCAGCUCUGCAAAUAUUCUCCAAAUAGCAGAUGUCGUCCUUCGAGUUGCCUUCUUGCUGUUCUUGCCAUGUAUUUAGCUGUGUUUUCGCCUGCCAUUUUUCAAGUUCACAAUCAAAACAACUCAACCUCGUCCCCAGGUCUUCUCGGUUAAUGGUGCCUUAACCUGCGGAAAUGUUGCAUUUUUGACGUCAUUUCCUCGUUAAACACAAAAUUCUUCCAAAUUUGGUCAUCAGCAACUGGUUAUGGUGAAUUAAACGAGUGCUUUUAGCCAAUCAGAAUUGGGAAAAUAUUUUGAAUGAAUAAUAUUUAUAAAAUUAAACAUAACUCCGAGGCUGUAGGAUAAAAGUUGCAAAUUUUUCACCACUCCUUUGUCUCGCAAUUCCCAGAAGAGACUUGAGCACAAGCAAAACCAAACCAAAUAUAGAGAAAUUACCAGAAAGCCUCCGAGUCAUGGAAUUUUAAUAUAUCAAACAAGGGCUAUUUGAACUUUUGAAGUUUUGAGUUCUCCUGGGACAAAAAAGAGCAUUUAAAUGGUUAUUUUAGGGGCCAUAAUAUAAAAGUCAAUCUAAUGACAAUAUCUCUGGAGCUAAUCAUUAGUCUUACAUGACAUGAAAUGGCUGAAAAUUUAUUUAACUGAGCAUUGCCGUAUAACACAAUCGAUGCACAAAUAAGCACUCAGCUUCAACUAAACACCCUCCUUUGAAUUCCCUUACGAGUGCUUCUCCUUACAGAAUAUAAAGUAUACAGUACAUACAUUUUUAGUGAAAAUAGCACAAUCUUUGAAGUCACUAAAAAUGAUUGAAAUAAGUUGUUUCCUAUGAUCAGUUCCCCCUCUCUUGACUCAGAUUUAGUUUUAAAUUUAAGUGCCUCAGGCAAAAAUUCAGAUAUUUACAAUAUUAACUUUCAAAGUAUAGUGUGUCAGCUACACUUCUAUCCUACAGAAAAAUUCUUCCUUAAAUUCACCAAAAAAUUGAUUGUUACCAAUGAAUGUCCUGCAUCUAUCAAAACUAAUUUAGUUGUUUUGCAGCCUUUAGCCCUGUCAGUAUGAACUGACAUCUCAUUCAUUAUUAUUUGCCUUCCUUCUAAGGUAGUCAUCCUAGCUUUGAGAAAACAUAACUAUAGCAUUUACUUCCUCUUCUUCCCUUCUCUUCAGGGGGUUGUAAACAAACUUGACUUCAAGCUGCUCUUUUGGACAAUGACUUGCAUGGAUCUUUUCCAUUUUAGCAUUGCCCUUAUACUACUUGUCAAAGAUACCUGCUUGAAUGUGUACAAAAUAUUCCAUAUUAAAAUUUAUGUCUUUGAGAUCCGAACCCCAAAUAAUUAUUUCAUUAGGUGAAAAGUGGAGAGGAUCCGGCUUUCUCAGCCAACAAAGAAAACAUCGGAUUGAACUUUGACACUGAAAAGGAUGAUGCCGUGGAAAGAAAACCUUCCCAAACUUCGGAUACAAAAGAGUUUAAAUUUGCCCAGCCAAAACAACCAGUUGGAUGUAGAGGAUUACCAAAGUCAUCAUCAAGCUCUUUAUCAUCAAGAUCAUUGUCUGAUCCUUCACCACAAGUAAGAUCAUUUUUUGCCGCAUUUGGGUUGUUGUGGUUUGCUUAUCGACAUUUACCAGAUAGAUGAAUGAGCUGUCAUGCUAGCCUGUGAACAGGCUCUCUGUUUGGGGAAAAAUAGCGAGAAAAGAAAAGGGAAAGGGGGGAGAGAGCCUGUAGACAAACAUUUGAGGCCGCUAUUCCGCCUCUUGUAAUUAUCCUGCCGAUCAUCUGUCAGUAAGAUCGUUAUCGGUCAAUCAAUUUCGCGCGUGAGUAACUCCUGGGAAAAUAACAGGAAAUGAGUGGUGUUUUGCUCCGUCUGAAAACAAAGUGAAAUGGAGCAUGAACCUCAUUGUUGGUUUUGCAAAAAGUCGUUGAUCUCCGGUAAGAGGAUUAAUAAGCCGUUCGUCUUGCUAGUUCGGUUUGCAAUGAGCGUACUUGGAAUGCGGAAGGUACGGAUACUAUCAUGACUUCUCCAGAACGUGCAGCUUCGAAGACAAGCACAAAGAGAUCAGCAGCGCUUCGAUCGCCGACAGGAAUUACAUGGUAGGCCAACACGACUUUUACUUUAUGCCAAAUGCUGCUUGUUCCCACAAGUUUUUUCCUCUGCGGGGUAGAUUAUUAUCUGGAAGGUUCUACAUUUUCACUGAGCAAAUGUGAUUUUAGCCGCUUGUUUCACACUGAGAGGUCAUGGCAUACAUAUCGAUUUUAAUACUGUGGUUUUUGUUUCUGGUCGACAGGAUUUGCCUUGCUUUUUAUUCGGGUUUUUAUUGCGGCUGAAUAAGGGUCUUACUUUUCUCCAAAGUGCCUUCUCGAUCUGAAUAACUAAGCGACUUUCUUUAGUCCGUGAAUGUAAUGUUUUUCUGCAAUGUUGUAUUCUGACGCUGGGCCCAGCUCGUCAUUGUUUUAAAAGAUGGUUAUUUUGUAAGAUUGAAAUGCAGCUUAAACCGAAGCUACAUCAGCUAUGGAGAAUUGCAUUGUGCUUCGGUAACUAUAAACUCCAGCUCAGUGUUUUUUUUUAAAGACAGUUUGUGUUUCUUGACCGGAGCGCGUAGUUCCUCCCCGUGGUAAUAGUCUUUGGACUGUUUUGUUAUUGCCACUCUGUGAUCAAAUCGCGUGCUAUGUGCCGACCGAAAAGCCAAUGUCAAUCAGACCUGUCAACAGUCAGUGUUCUCGCCAAUAGGAGCUUGCAUCAGGAUCUGAUGCACAGCGGGUACCGUGGAACGGCGGCUCCAAAGGUCUGUCCACAGGCCUUUUCGCUUUUCCCUCUCCCCACCCCGCUCGACUAAAGGCCUGUUCACAGGCUACUGUCAUGCCUGCCGGUAUUUUGAGCCAUUAUUUUGAAAUUAUUCUACAGUUACUGUUAUUAAUUUAAAAGGACCCUUGAAAUAUUAGUUUAGAUUUUAUAUUCAAAGCACAGUCGAACCUCUGCCACCAGCCACUUUUUUUGGUCCACAUGGUCGGACAAAAAAUCCUCACAUUGACUCUUGUUUAAAACCUUUCUUCGACUGCCACUUCUUUACAAACGGCCACUUUCGUCUGUCUCCAAGGUGGGUGUUGUAGAGAGGUUUGUCUGUAGAAAGUUGCACCCUAGUGAUUACCGGUAACCUAUAAAGGACAACAUGUAUUUUGGGAUGCGGAUAGGUUGGCUUCAUAAACAUAUCAAGAGACAAUUUUUGCCAUUAUUUCCCUGUAGAUUUUUUUUACUUAUCAUCCUGUAUACUUAAUUUUGUAGUUACCUGUUUUUUGAACAAUCCUAUGAUUGUUUUUUCUUUUCACAGGCUCAAUCCAAAGGAUUUUAUAUUCCAUCAUCCCCAUCUGACAGUCGAGACAGUGGAACACAUGACUUCGAUUUUGAGGCUGAUGGGGAUGAUGAUGGGUUCAUUGAUGAUUUAGUUGAAGAACAAAGUAAAGAGGUAUGUCAUCUCAAGAUCUCGACUAGAAAAUAGCUCUACCACUUCUUCUACUGUGAUGCAUAAACCCUUGCUGGCAGAUGUCACGUAGUUGCAAGCCCAGCUGUUUGAGUGGACCCUCAGGAUAUAUUUCUAAAAUUUAAGGUACAAAUUGAACAUGGAAUUUGUUUGAAGGCAGCAGUUGAUGAGAUUGGAAGCUGUUGGAUAAGAUUGGGGGUUCCUGGAGCUAGCCUUCCUUGGGUAAAGGAUGCCCUGAAAAGUCCAUUUAAGUAAAUUAUGUUACUUUAAUGUUAGAUGUAAGUAAGGUUUGUCAAUCAUGGAAACAAUAUUUUAGCCAUAAAGGAUAGAUUUUCGAUCAUAUGUUUGUUGGUGAGUGUUGGGAAGCAAAUAUGCCGGAUUUUUUAUAUUUUGUGUUGCCCAGUUAGGUAAACCGCAAAAUGUUCCAGAGUGACUUGCUUGACAGAUGAGUUUUAUUUUCUUCACAGGAUGAUGCUUCUCAAAUGCCAUCAGGAAUAACAGACCUUGUCAGUGCUCCACUGGUAUCAACAGAGGUGUGUGUUUAAGAGUCCAAAAUGUGUGCUUUAAAAUAUUAUUUAUUUAUUAAAUACCAAGGGCCAGUGGUUAUUUAAAUGGAGUUUAGCCCGAGGUAGUUUAACAAAACUAUGUUCUCGGAGGCCAUUUUCUGUUUGCUGAAUGCUUUUAUACAUAUAUGUAAACACCAUUCAUUGUGAAAUGCAGUUUCUUGAAACCAUAGAAUAGUGUAGACUAGAAAAUUAUUUGUCUUCUUAUAAUAACCCACAAAAGAAGAGUCUUAGAGAUCUGGAGGUCCAAAGAUUUCCUAAAUGGUGGUCUAAGGUAGACUUUGUUUGAAUAACCGACCCUUAGUGUUUAAUGAAAUGAAUGAAUAUGUAACACCCAUGAAAGUGUUGCAACUGCUCAUUUCCCCUUUCCUUCGAUCAGGUUCUUCUCUUAGCAUUGCAAAGCAGCUUUUUUGGAUUUAAUGAGACAGUAUUUGCUUGGAGUUAUGUUCAGCUGGUGGUAAAAAAAAUAAUAUGAAAUGACCUUAAUUUUUCUUUUCAUUUCUUCAUAUUUGUGGGGUUUGUUAUAUAAAAUAAUAAUUGUCUCCUUUUUGACACACCCUGGAUAUGGUGAGCAAGUCCUUGAAGUAGCAAAACUUCAUGAAUAGCUGGUGUGAGAGGAGUAAAACCACAACUAGGGAAUCAAGAUGGUAGAAAUAAAUUAAAUUAAUUAAUGGGUCUAAUUUAAAGCAAGUUACUGGCAUAACCUCUAGUGACAUAUUGGACUUGAGUUUCUUAGUGACACUUAAUGUUAUUUUUUGUGGAAUUUUUUUGUCUACCGCAUGCCAAUUGAUCAUGAGGAACUUCUUUUUAAAAUUUUGUACAGGGAGAUGAAGAAUUGCCAGGUUCUGGGGACACACCCAAGGUAGUAAUGAUUUUGAAAUGCUAUCAAAUUAAGGAAGUCUUGUUUUGAAGCUUAUGCUCAUCAUCUAGUGAGUGAUGUACAUAUCGUAGUAUAGUAACUGUACUUGUCAUCUAUAAUUCAUGCAAUUGUUGUGCAUGUGAUUCACUUUGUGGUUUAAUUUUAUUCUGAGGUUAAAUGUAUUAUAUUUUUGGGUAUGGUAAUUUAUGAUAAUGAGUUUGAAAGAAAGGAAAAUAAAAUUUAAACCCGAAAAUAUGAAAUUAAAACACAGCAUAUGCAUCAGUUUUACAGUAAGUACGAGCGACUCAGUAGUUGGCUGAGAGCACAUGGUUUGAUUUAACAUUCAUGAACAAGAAACACAUACAUGUUCAAGUCUGACUUCAUUAUGUUUUCUUUCCCAGAGAAACAAAAUUUUUGGUCACUACACUGAACAAUAAUAUUAUUAUUAAUGAAGGAUUCCCUUCAGUUCAAACCAGCUGGUAAUACUUGAUGGAGGGCCUGGAAUAAAACAACAAGUGUUUCCUGAACAACCAUUAAUGUUUCCUUCUCUUUUCUGCUGUACUCAGGAAGUACAGGAGCCAAUUAAAACCUUAGGCUAUAAACCCCUUCAAUAUGUCAGUUUUUCUGAUGUUUUUGGGCUGGGUGCUUUAUUGUCUGUGAGAGGGGGCCAGGCAAUUGGCUGGGAGAUCAUUUUCAAAAUCUUGCUGAGUUUGGGGAGUUCAUUUUCAGAUAAGGGACCAUUAUUUGGGGGGUCAUUAUGAUAAAUUUUAUGAAAGUAGUACAAUGCAGUAACAAGAGUGAAUUGGAAUUGAAUGUAACAGCUGUAAAUAGUAUAGACACCAAUCUUAAAAACACGUCUGUAGAUAAAGUAUGUGGUCAACUUUUGUAACGGCAUGAUAUAUAUGUAGCUAGAAUGUUUGUAGUUUCCACAGCAAUUGGGAGAGGGGGCACUUUCACUAUGUAAAAUUUAUGGGGCGGGUUAGUUUGAAAAUCUUCCAGCUUUCUCAAAAUGGCUGGGCCCCCCCUCACAGGUAAUAAACGACGAGCCCUUUUGCAUCUAUCCUUCAUGACCAAGAUGGCAGAACUUAUCAUGUGAUGACACGUUUUUAGAAGUGUAUUUGACUCAAAAAUUUUAUUGACAAUGUUAUUGAUCUCUGUCAGUGCAUUUAUUUAUGAUAAGUAUAAUAACCAUUCUGUAGGCAUCAGGGCCAGGUUAUAAGCCUAGAGAUUUAUUCAAUGCCGGAAGAAACAGAGCCUACACCGUGGCAUCAGAGAGUCCAACAAAAGAAAGAUGUGCUAUGAGACAGAGGUCUAAAUCCUUUGCCCUCAAGGUACUAAAGUGUAUUUCAUAUAAUAGGCUUCAUUGUUUGUGAUGGAACAAGGCAGGAAAAAGUUGAGUAAUGGUGAAUUUGAAGGCAAACUAUUGCGCAUGAUCACCUAAUGUUAAAUGUUACAGCUGAGAGAGAGAGAGAGAGUGAGAGAGAAAGAGAUAGAGAUAGAGUUCAAACAAAGUAUUUUAUCGCUGAAUUUGAACACUUGUUAGGUUUUUUUUCGUCAAUCAAGGUGUUUAUUUCAAAAGGAUUUUUUCUACAGUAUAUAUCUUUUUAACUUUUUGCUUCUACAGAGGCCCAAUCCAAGACAAGAUCAAAGUCCAAACUUGAGAAAGAAGCUAAGGUACGUAAUUGGUUGCAUUUUACUUUCAAUUAUGCACAAGCGUUACUGUGAAACUCAGAAAACCGUGAACACAUGAAAAAUUUCUGGAAAGUUAAUUGUUUGGUGGCGAAACUAAUUACCGUUGCUGUUUGCGGUUUAGUUUUCUCAUGCCUUAUUGGUUAUUUCCUCGGAACAAAAUAACAUUCCAUAAAUAUUUCUGGUGUUCAUGGUUUUGUGACUUUCACAGUAAAGGAAAUGUUUCUCACAGUUAUUUCCUUUUUAUAGGCAGAGAUGUAUGUCAGUGAUUGAAAGUUCUGCAAAUCAUCCAUCUUUGCUUGAAAUGGUAGGGACUCUAUCCAGCUAUUUGUUAAUUGUUGUUUGUCUUCAACAUGCAGUUCAGUGGAUUGUCAAUAAAUAUAACAUGGUUUCAAGUUUAUUGGAUAUCCAGACACCAAAUUAUUGCAAGCAGUAGGUGAAAGAAAAUAAUAAGGUGCUGCAGUGCCAUGUGUAGCCAUGAUUCUUUUAAAGUCUGACUUCAAGUUGUCUGAAUAUUAUAUUGAAAUCUGAAUAUUCGCUUAAACUCAUUUCUCCCAAACCAUCUUUGAAACCUCUCUCAGGCUUUUGUAGCCAUUUUUCAGUACUUAGGAAUUAUUUACCCAAGUGGUAAAUGUGAGUUUGGAAUGGAAUUAACAAGUCCUUGACUUUGUUUACCUAGUAAAUAGAUCUGCCCAAACCGUGAACUCAGACUGGUUUUCUUACCUUAACAACCUUUCUGUUGAGUGUUGAUUUUGAAGUGUAGCUUAAAUUCAGAAUUCGGUAAUUAUUAGAUCCUGUUUCCAAUUCUCCUUUUAAUACAGCAUUGAUCUACAUUUCACUGUGCUCUUGUGUUUUAACAAAAUCAUUUUUGGGAGGCAAAUAUUUUUUCCAAACACUCAUUAAACAUUAAUUUUCUUUGCGAAGUUUGAGAACCAGCCCUUGGAGGCAAUAUUCCAUCCAGUACAAGAUGCCAGCUCUGCUUUCCUACGUCGAUCACAGUCAGCAACAUUUGAACAUCAUGAAGAUCUGGGAAACAUGCUUGAUGCUUCAGGUAGGGUUUUAAAAAGGCAAAGUUAGCCUGCAUAACAGGUGUUAUUUUUUCGCGUUUUCUAGGCUCGAGAUGGGGGAAGGCGCCGUGUCUCGCGCUCAACGCCCGCCUCACGCGUGCCUUCGCUCACCUGUUGUGCAUGCGAAGGCAAAGUGCUAGUGUUAGUAGACUCUUCCUCGUUUCAUCUUAGAGAUCUUUAGUUUCUAAGAUGAAUAUGACCACAAGAAUGAGAUUUUCUCAAUACUGUAGUGCCCAAGCGUGAACCAGCGUCAUUUUGGCGGGAAAAUGUGAUAGCCAUCGUCAUUCUACUACGAGUUUCAGCAAAAAUGUCUGUGGCAGUAACAAGUCAAUGGCUGAUUAUUUUUCAAGUUUCUUCAAUUAAAAAUAAUCGUGCUAGCUUUUCUGGUAAAGGAGAGUACAAUGAAGCUUUCCGGCGUCCCUUUUUUUACGCGAAAAACGUCUCGUCAACUUUCGUCCUCGUGGUAGCCCUCAGCCGUACUCGAAUCUAAAGGUCCCUUAUAUUUUUUGGCCCAAGUAUUGCAAUGUUUCUGUGGCGCCCAAUUAAAAGCCCUGCUAGUUAGAUGCGUAGGAUGGAAAAAUGCAUUCCUAUUUCUGAUAGUGUUUAUUUCAAUUGUUUUUUAUUCAGGUCAAAAAAAUGUUGUAGGAGAUUUCAGUGGGGUAGGUUUAUGUAUUAAACUGGAAUGCAGUUACAGUUUAAUAAGUUUCUUUCCUUUCUCCAUCAGAUCAAUAGAAACCCAAAAUCAUACAGAAACUAUCAUUGCGAUAGUGAAUGAUCUAUUAAACCUGAUAUAAUUACUUUGUGGCUGUAAUAUUCUCGAGUCGUUUAAAGUCGAACUUAGUUUACUUUAGUUUCUUGAUAUUUGUCAAGAAAGAAAUUACAUACAUAUAAACAACAGCAGGCCAACAGGAGAUGAAAACAAUGCAGGAACCCCAAUUGACUUUCAACCCCUAUAAUGUCUAAAAUUAUAUGACAGACAUACUGAAAUCAGGUGAAAAAAAAAAUGUCUAUGUAGGAAUACAAUCUUCAAUUAGCCCUGGCCAUACUGAGUUAUUUCAAUUUGAGGGUGUGCGUAAUAAGAAUACUUAGCCUGUUCUUAUAGUGAGCAUGUAGAAAAUUUUUAAACUGUUGAGCGUUAGGUAGCAUGCUUAAUAGAACGAGGGAGACUAUUCCACACCCUAACAGUCCUAUGGAAGUACGACUUAAAAGAAAUCUUGUUAUGAAAGGACGGAAGAUGGGAAUUUGCAGCGCGGGUAAUUUUUGAGCAGUGUAUCGAGGGACUGCGGGAACCAAAAAUGGACGAAAUAUGUAGUAUUAAACAAAACCAAACUUCAUUUAGCUUUUUAUUUUUUUAGCCUUACACCCUUCCAUCUAUACCUGGGCAACAUGAAGAUUUGAAGUGCUUAACACCAGAAACGGUAAUGUCAUUGUAAUAAAUAAUCAGGACCUAAUGACAGGUGCCAAGGAAAACUGUGCAUCUUGUUUUCCGUGCUGCCAGUCAUCAGGUGUUUUAAUUUGUUAUUGCCCCCUGCAUGGGAUUUCGCCCAGAAGGAAAAAUGGCUUGGCGCGAGUGGCACAUCACUGACUUCCCGCGGUUUUAAGGCACAUGACCUGAUCGCAUUCGAUUAGUUUUGUUCCAAGGCAUAAUUGAUACACAUUCUUCAUCUCAAUUUUGUUUUACUAUAUGUACUGUUUAUCUAUUUAUUUAUGAUUAUGUUCUUGUAAAUUCUUUUAGUUGUCUACAGUUGUAGAAGUAAACUGUUGUUGUUGUUUUAAAUGUACGUGGAGGUAGACAAUUUUUAGCCUCGGGAAGAAAAUCAUUCUUCAUAACCUACAGCAAUAAAAUAAAAUAAAAGUUCGGUUGAAGCUUUCGAAAACUGUCAAAACUUGUCAGUGAUCGUCACUGAUAUUUCUAGCCUGAGGUUGCAAAAUCAUCCUGUAUAUUUAAAGAAAAGAAGUAUUAUCCCUAGUCGCGAUUCAUCUCAGGUGAAAACCAACCGAAGGUGAAGGCUUUGAGGAAACUUUCAAAAUUGUGUUGGUGUACGAAGAACAAUGUCUUUUAUUAAUGUCCCAACAGAAGAAUUUUCAAUGACUCAUUUUUUUGCUUCCUUCUCUACAGGUUACUCGUGUUCUGGAGGGCGAAUACCCAGAUUUAGAAGCUCAUAUCAUAGAUUGUCGCUAUCCUUAUGAAUAUGAAGGGGGUCACAUCAAGGUGUGAUUUAAAAUUAUUAUGGUUUAAUAAUCAAGAUCAAAAUAUCUAUCCUUCCCAAAAGAAGAUUUUCUUUUGCGAAGUUCGUAGCAGCCAUAAAAAAAGAAAAAAAAACGUUCUUUUAAACUCGAUCGCGAUUAUUCUAACCUGAGAUCAGGCUCUAUUUUCUUUUCGCUUUGAAAAUUACAUUUCGGCGGGCAAAGGUCAGCGGUAGCCGUUAGAGAGAAUGUAUGAGAACCGCUAAAAUUGGGUCUGAUCUCAGGUUACGAUUAUUCCAACUCAGUUCAAUUUGCCGUUAAUUGAAUUUGUUCCUCGCGUUGGAUUCUUAGAGACUGCAGCCAUAGUUAGUAGAGGAGACUGGUUAUGAAAGGUAGAAAACAUCAAAGGUUGAAAACAACGGUGCUACAGUUGACGUUAGAAGCUUCCUGACCGUGCACAGUUUGUUCACUAGUUGUGACGGAAUCAGGACGGAAUAAAUUAACGUGACGUUUUCAUUGGUCAAUAAGAUCAUAAUUUUAGGAAUGCUGUUGAACAUUGCGUUUUUCUUCAUACAGGGAGCCGUGAACAUUUACACCAAAGAGGACAUGCUCAGUGAAUUUAUUGAAAAGCCGAAGAAAAGUCUGACGGGAAAGAAGACAAUUUUAAUAUUUCACUGUGAAUUCUCAUCCAAAAGAGGACCUGACAUGUGAGUUGAAAGAAUUCCUUAUCAUUAAUCAGGAAAAACUGUUCAUCUUUUGAAGUACAGUAAUUUUGUUACAAAUAGUUAUGGUUAGUCCUGGGUUACUCAUCUUGUGAAAAAUCAUGAAUCCAAGUCCAUAACCAAUGAGUCCCAGUUCAAAAAAAACAAAGAAUCCUAAAUUGGGCUUUUAUGUAACCAGACAGUUAAUCUGACUCCAAAACUCUGCCAUUACAGUUUACUGAAAUAAAAAUAUACUGCUUCUAUUGUAAAGCACAACAAAGACUAAAAAAUAUGCGUUGUUAAAAAGUAGCCACAAGAAUAGCGACAGAAAUCACACGAACAGGAUAUUCUACAAUAAAAAUCUUCAGAUGGGUCGAUCUGAUCGAUCGAUCUUUGCGUCCGGCAAUGGGACACAUGCCAUGAAUUAUUAAUUCUUGCGUCUUUGAGGAUUUUUGUCUCAGGGACGCAGGACGCAGAGGUAACAGAAUCACUGCAGUUAUAGCAAGGCAUUUACUGUAAGAAGAUUGCUUAAUCGAGUUUUUAUUUGUUUUUUAGGAGUCGAUUUUUACGGAACAAGGACCGCGACUUGCAUAUGUUCAAUUACCCAGAAUUAUUUUACCCAGAACUGUACCUCAUUGAAGGAGGCUACAAAGCGUUCUUUAGCAAAUGCAAGGUAACGUAACUGACAUUAGGGAGCUUAAGCAACAACGUUUUUGAGCGACGCACGUCAACCGGAAGUGGCCUUUUUUCAUUUUUUGACGGUGGUUUCGCGCAAAUUUUCAGUCAAAUCGCCUCUAUAAAAGUAAAGAAGCUAAGGAAUACAAAUUUUAUAUCAUCAAGGCAUGUUAAGAGGGAAAAUACCUCACUUCCGGUUGACGUGCGUCGCUCAAAAACGUCGCUGCUUAAGCUCCCUAUUAGGCUGAUUUAGCAACAGAACGGGAACGUCACUUGACAACGGCGCGCGCAAAUCAAACAACUGGCUUGACCAAUGGCAGGGCGGCAAAUUGGGUACCGAAAGUCGUGUUUAGUCCUUUCCGCGCACCUUACCGUCGCCAACUGACGUUCCCGUCCUGUUGCUAAAACAGCCUAAUGUCGGUUUUUAUAAUCUUACAACAGUUUCAUCUUAAUUUCUUUAUUAAUUGGUAGGUGAUUUUUCAACAUAUCGUCUUUUCAGUGAAAACUGUAACUUGUAAACUUAAAGACAAAUCUGGCCUUAAUUUGAACAGUUUGUUGGUUCAAGAACCCUUUUUUUGGGAGGGCCGUUUUUGGAAACAUUUUGUGUUCCGCAAGUGAUCGAUUAAGCGCCGCACCUUUACAGAGAAUAAUUUAAUAAGAGCCGCUUUCGAAUAAGCGCCGCGGCGUAAUUUGGGUAUUUUUAAAAUUAAUGACCCACCUUUGUUACGGCGCUCGAUAUAAGGACGUAAAAACCAUAUCGCUUAGGAAACUCUUGAAACUGGGUUCGUGUAGCGGUUCGAGGUGUACAUAUUUUGACUUAAUUCUCUCUAAAUUCUCAGUGUUUUACCCGUAGUUGAAAUAAGCGCCUCUCUUGUAUAAGCGCCGCACCUAUAACGGGCAAUAAUGAAAUAAGCGCUGCGGCGCUUAAUCGAUCAUUUACGGUAUUUGAAAUUAUUAGCCUCAUUUUGGGAAAGGUCUUUUCUGAAUUUCGAGAGAAUCAAAAUUUAACGCAUCGCUAAUCUUUUUUUUUUUUUUCAGGAAUACUGCGAACCCCAGAGUUAUCUACCAAUGAUAGACGAAAAUUUCUCCCAAGAGCUAAAGAGGUUUUCGAAACGAUCCAAAUCUGAGGGAAACAUUCUAACAAAAGGUUUCCGUCCUGGGCUUGGAUAUCGUUGCUAGAUUUGUAUUAUUUGCUUGUCUUCGCUGCUUUGCACCUUACAACAUCUCAACCGCGUCCGCCGGAGCGAGAGGGAGAAGAGUAAGGAAACCCUGGGAACGAGUUUGACAACAUCUUUAUUCAGUUCGCCUUAAAAUAUACGAGCUAUUGACUAACGUGAACACUACGCCGACGAAAUAUUUCCUGAAAAUUUCACUCCUCUAAACCUGCCUUAUUUUUUUUUUGAAAACUUGUAGGAAUUAAAAUUUUCCGGCUUAAAAUACUCAAAAUUGCCUUCUCUGUAAAUAUUUCUCGUCUCCACGAAUAAGAAGAAUGAAAGUUUUUCCAACAAAUGAAAGAUCUAUUUAAUAAUUUGGAUUUUUUGCCAUUUCUGCGUCACUAAAUUAGAAGCAUAAUAUAUUAUAUGAAGCUUGUUUGAUGAUCCAAAAUACGAGAAUAAUUUAUCAACAUCUUUGACAGUAACUAAAAUGCUGUGGCUUAGGUUGAAAGAGCUUGCCAUAUUAGUUUGAUGAUGUCAAUAAUCCUACUCAUGACUGUCCUGUGUAAAAUUAUCUGCCUGCCUACUUUGUGCUACAUAUUAAAAGGAAUCAAGUUAUAAUCUGCAGGCAGAUUGAUAAACAAAUAAUUCCCUUACCAUACUUUUAAUUUUGCUCUUAUUUUUCUCUUUCUGUAAUAUAUUCUUAACCAAGAUUCUGCUGUAUUUAUUGUUUGUUUUGGCAUGACUAUCGUGGCGAAUAAUUUGUAAAUAAAAUUGUUUUUUUAGAAUGCGUAAUAAAGUAUUUCAAGAUUGAGUGUGUUGGUGGUUUCAAGUUUGUUCUUCCCUUUGAGUCACUUUUAGAACGAGAGAUGGGUAGGCGAGUUGAUGGAAUGGAAGAAGAAAGAGAGUGUUGUGCUCUCUUGUAGCCCCCAAGUGAACAUUGCUCUGCCGUGCUAUUCGCUUGGGACGAGUCAACCUCGUUGCCAGGGUUCCGGGCUCCUACCCGUCCCUAUAGAGCGAGAGGGACGGGUAGGAGAGAACCCUGGGAACGUGGUUGGGGACGAGUAGGCCUAAAGCUCCCUUAACACCUGAUGAGGUGUACACAAUGUUGUUCUCCAUUUCGCGCGAGGUGAGAUUGGGUCGGUGUUGUGUGGAGGUGCCUUCUCGGUAUGUUUUGAGGGACAAAUUUUGAACCAGUUUCCUGCAGGACCUUGUUUUCCAAACAGUCCUAUGGUUAAUGCCCGUGGUGCAGUUCCGCAACACCAGCCCAGUCCCACACGCGAACCUCAAAAUGUCUAAAGCCCUGUGCAAACGGACGCAACAUUGUUGGAUGUUACAUGUUUGGUACGUUUGCACACCCUGUUGCACGCAAAGUUUUUUAAACUGGUCAAAGGUUUAGAUCCGUGCAAAUGGACACAACAACUCUCGACAAUGUUGGGAGUUGUUGCGUCCGUUUGCACGUAGCUUAAUAAUCUUCAUGUGAUUUUAAGUGAGCAGCUUGAAAAAAGGCUUAGGUUGAUACCCAGGGAUCAAACGCUUUGAUAAGGUACGAGAACUGACUGUUCACGCAAAAUUCGCGCACCUGUUCUCAGAGGCUCCUUUCUUUUAGCUGAUACAAAUUUUACGUAAAUACAGUCGACACCCGAUGACUCGAACCUUCAAGGGAAAUCGGAAAAAGUUCGAGUUAUCGGGAGCUCGAAGAAAAUAACCGAGAGUAAGGUAAAAAACAGUUUUUUACUGCACAGUGAACAUUGUAGUAACAUUUAAUUGUAGAAAUGUCAAGUGAAAAUCUAAAGAUACUUCUAGAUUACAAAACAGAACGUAACGUAACAAAACAUAGCCUAAAUAGAGCAUGCGUUUUACUGUUUUGAGAAGUAAAGCUGCUUCACGUUAGCCUGUGGCAAUCAACAUCAGCCUCCAUUAGUAAACUAUACUCCUACAACACGUUAAUAGGAAAUCCAAAAUUCAAUGUUUCGGACGCCAGUAGACGGUUUUUUUCCCGACUUUUUAAGGGCUCAAAACAUGGUUCGAGUUAUCGAGGGUAAAAUUAUAUGGAAAAUGACCUGAGAGGAAACGAAAAUUGGUUCGAGUUAGCGGGAGUUCGAGUCAUCAUAGUCCAUGGGCCAGGACCCCAAAUUUGAUGAUUUGGUACCAAAAAGAGGGACAAAGAGUGGCUUAUAUUUUUUAAAAACUAUGAAUCCUCUAGUUUAUUUUAAUGUAUGAUAACCACGUCAGAUGAGUAGUUUUAUAGGGUUUAUCACGUAAUGAAGUGACGUCACUCAGCUUUCAACAAUGUCGAAUAAAUGUACAUAAAUAAGUUUUUACUCAUAUUUUUACUCAUGUUUUGGGGACACGUCUAGAUGAUUAAAUGGUACCACAGUUUUGCAAGUGAUUUUUGAGGCUUUUGUAACAAAAUUAGAUGGAUUUUGGUGUUGGUUGCCAUGGUAACGUAGAAAGGCAGCCUUUUAAACCAGAAGGUCGAUAUAAACUAAAUUAAUAAAAAUUAAAUGUUUGAAAAAUCUGUUAAAUGAUAGUUCUAGAUGACAACUGGAUACUAGCUUGACUCAGGUGUUAUAGCUACCUAUGGCGCUGCUUUAAUACGACAUUACCUUUUUGGCGGCCAUAUUGGAUCCGCCAUCUUUGAUUUCCAAACAUGCCAAUUUUGUCCCCUGAAGUGCCCAAAAACGAACAAAACUGAAAGGAACAUGCAAAAUCCUCAUAAUUCAAGCUGUGAAGGAAGCUGCUCUUAAAGCUGUAAACUAAAACACCAUAGAGGCAAACUCUUCCGCUUUGCUAGAGAUUUCUCCAUAUCACUAGCAAAAGUACUAGUACUAAUUGUGGUUUUUCAGUGAAGUCAUGCCUUUUAGACAUCCGAGGUUGACACGCAACACGUUAUAAUUCCUCUUUUAAUGACCAUUUGUUUUUUUAUGUAUUUUGGGUACACAUUUGGCAAGUCAUAUGUUUAAAUGUAGCAACGACUUCUUCUGUGGUCAAUAAAUUCACACACAUUUUAUUUAUCAUGUUGACAGCCAAAGGCAAUAAGCUGAAAAACAGAAUCAGACCACAUAUUCUAGUCCUCGUCACUCUCGUAAUCAUCAGCAUCGACGUCUACUGUGACAGCUUGUUCUUCUCGCCUGUUGUCACAAUUGGAGAGCCGGCACAUGUCUGUGCACUUAAGACCAUUCGCAAGGCAGCUAUAGUUCGGGAACCUAUACAAGAUUUGGUGCAAGAACAAGAGAGUAGCUGUAAAACCGUUGCGGGAGCUGGCUGACCACUCAUCCAAUCAAUCCCUAACUUGUUCUCAUCCUGAAUUCAGCCAUGUCUUAUGUUUAUACAGGCAAUCAGCGCAAGGCAGUAGUUGGCCGGACUCGAUGUUACCUCUCUUUGAACAGAACAAUCUAUAUCUAAGCUCAUUGAUGCUGUUUGUCCCUGGGUGGGAACUGUACAUACAACAGGUGAAAUUCUGAAGCACCUGGAAUAGAUUAUCUGAGAAUUCCCAUUCCACUCCGAAGAGGUCAAACAUUUCCUGAAAGGAUCUCUGUUCUUUGACAAUUCGAAGUGCAUCAAUCUUACCCCGUCCAGCAAAAGCACUUACUGUGUCCCAACCAGUUGUGUUCCACACUUGAAAACUAUUGAAGACGGAAAUAAGUACUCAAAUGACACACAAAGAAUAAAGACAUCUGUAUCUUUUGGUACCACAAUCAAUGUACUGUUAUCCGAUCUGGCUGCAUGAGAGAGAUGAAAGAAGGCGCACUAAAACCCACAAAAGGUUUUUUCUUCGGGUAUUUUCUAACGCUUCCUGGCAAUUUACUUCAACAUAUGUUCUUGGCUUAGGGUAGCCUGCGUAGCAAGCGUUUCCUCGCGAGGUUCGUCUAGAAAGCUGGGACAAGAGCAAAAAAACAUGAAUGACGGGGAAGGGGGUGGGGAACUUCCGCUCUAACUUUCGCGCAAUAACUCGAUUGGAAACGCUUGCUACGCAGGCUAGGCUUAGGGCGUUGACGCUCACCUGCAUCCUCAAGCUGGGAAUAAGAAACACCAUGACCAUAACAGUUUAGUAUAGACAGUAGCUCCACACUGUUUGUAAGAGUUUUUACAGUGUACGACAGAAGAAUUUGUUUAGGUGGCUUAAUCAUCCCUCUGGUUACUCCAAAUACCAGGUCUUGCGCGAACGACUUCAUCAACCGCUGGACUCUUUGACAACAUUAUCUCUCUAACGAAUAUUUGCUACCAGUCAGCAAGGUAUGCAAAAACGCACUGUCAUUGAGCUCUGAAGGGCGCGGUGGCCAUGACAUUUUGCUUUCUUUGUUUAGAAAAGCAUCGCGGAUGUCAGGCGCAGCUUUCUGAAUAUUGGAGAUCUUUGUUGUUGAACCUUUGGUUUCUUUUUCUGCCAUAAGGAUAUUUAGUACAUUUCUGGCGAUUUGCACUGGCGUUAGGCUAGCAGGGAUUACGAAUACACGGUUGCUGUCUAGCAAGUUUUCAAACUGGAUCAAUAUAAUUAUGCUUCUAUGUUCCUUUUGAUAUGCGUCUUUGUUGAUGGCUUACAUUCCUUAGCCCGUAAUGACAUAAGAUACUGAACAAGUAACUGGGUCAUCUCAAACAGCCUUACGUCUUUCUCAUUUUCUAUCACAAUCAAAAAGCAUCUAGUAAACAUCUGACUCUAGACGGGCAUAUUCAUCAUCCGAAGAUUCACUGCUCAUAUCAGGCGCGACACAAGGGCAAGCAUCUUGCUGUCAUUCUUUUGUGUAGCAAUCUUUAAGAUAGAGCUAUCUGCACGCAUAUCUCGGCAUUGUACUAAAGGCUCACGAUUCCUAGUACCCUUGAAAUUUUUUGGCUUUUCACCAAAAAUACAAUUGCGCUCGUAUGUUGUGGAAAUAUUAGAAGAUCCUCGAAUAGAGACUCUCCUACCCACUUGCUCCUGGUGAGUCUGGCUAUUGGAUGAUGGCUGGGAUAAUCCACGACUCCUCGUCUUUAGGAUUAACUAAAUCACUGCCGUCGUCGGUGCAGUAAAUGAUCCACUUCUUCUUGCAGAAUCGUUUGACUGCAUUUGACUCCUCAGCAUCAUCAACACCUCUCUUAGAUGAGGACCCUUUUUGUGUCAGAUGAAUAUUUUUCAGCGUUUAAGUUGCAAUCAACUGCAAUAAACGGGGACAUAACAGCACAUACGGUAUAUCAUAAUUUACGAAAGUCUGGACUUCCAAAAGUUUUUUUUUCCAUAGCGGUGCCGUGAUUUGGAAUGAGUUACCACAAAAAACAUACGAAGAAUAACAUCGCUAUGUCAAUUCAAAAGGGAAGUAAACCAGUUUGCUUUCAAUUUUUCUGUUUCCCAGCGCAGGGUUAUUAUGUAAGCCAUUCAGGUGUAUGUAGUCUUUAUAUCCUUUUUACUUCACUUAACCUUCUCAGACUGAUGAUUUUAUCGUGUUUAAAUAAACCAUAUGUAUCUAUGUAUUAAAAAUUGGCAUAUCAUAUUGAGUUUUCAUUACCGAAUAACCGAUAAUUCAAAUAAUGUUGACUGCAACAGGUUGAUCAUUCCUAAAAUUAGAUUAUAUUUCAAAAUUUAUAAAUAUAUAAGCAGAUGUGUAUGAUCGAUAUGAGCCAAAUACGUACAUUCAAUUUCUAUCGGAUUAUCGAAGUGAACAUUCUACAAGAUCUGUAAGUAUUUCCAAAAUUCUGUUUAUUAAGUCAAAAGUUCAAAGACUUUUGCCUCAGAAAGUUUAAGCGCUUUAUUAACUAGAUUAUUUUGCUCACUUUUCUUGAAAUUAUUGCGUUUUACUUGGUAAAAUGGCUAUUAAACCGGCAAAUCAAGAACCCACUACCCUGCCAUGGUAGCCGCCAUUUUGGAUUUUACCCAUAAUGCAAUGCGAAGGCUACUUUCGAGUUUCCUUCGCUCUACUUUGGUUAAAUUCAGAACAAAUAAUAUUUUGGCGAUAAAAAAGUGCAACAAAAACUUCUCAUGUCUCUCACAAUAAAUUAAACUACAAAAGAUAUAGUACAUAUGAAGUGCACAUUUAGUAUGCUCAUAGGUCAUUUCCGGCACUUUUACAUGAAAAAAAUACCUUGAAAGCUACUGCUACAGAAAGGUUAUCAUACAAAUUUUCAAUCUCCACCUUAUAUGCUAUCAAUUUGCAGCAAUCAUCCUUUGUCCCUCAAAUUGGUACCAAAAUCUGGAUUGGCCCAUGGACUAAUCAAGGGUUCGAGUUACCGAGGGUAAAAUUACAGUAAAUGUAUGACGGAAGUCCAGGGAAAAUCGAUUUUGGUUCGAGUUAGCUUCUAUUUAGGGUUAGGGUUGUUGCGAUUCAAGUACAUAAUAAAUAAUAGAUGUACCUUAGAUUAUAAUUGGCCAUAAAGUAAAUAGGACAAAUUCUCUAGUGUGUUUGUGUUUCUUUCAGCUUACCAACAUGGUCUCUAGAGCAUUGUGGUUUGAUUUACUUUGGAAGCUAUGGUAAGUGGCAAUGUUUCGAUGGCUUAGUUUAAUUAGAUUGACAGCUUUGAUCAAAAGUAAGGUUUUAUUUUUAAAAUCAAAUUUGUUCGAAGCCUUGCAAUUUAUUCCGUCAUCUUACAAGUUCAAGCAAGUAAUUUUUCAAUUCUCUCAUGACCCUAGUGGAGGCUGGUUCUUGCGGCAAGAUUACUAGCUGCUUUAUUCCAAAUAAAUUCUGAAUAUAACCGUCAUUCUGGAAGUGUGAAGGUUGGGCUGGACUCGGGUUUUGUUAAAUGCCAUGUUAAAUAAUUCACAAGCCAUGGUACUUUUUGUAAAAUCCACAUGGAUUUGAUUAGUGUUUCACAGCAUCCAAGUCGAUUUAGAAAGAUGCCAUUGAUCUUAAAUUAGAGAAUCGAACAUAAGUUGUUCGGUCUGUUAGAUUCGUCGAAUUAAUUUAGCAGUUACUUUCUCGGCGAUGUAAUGUCUCUCGCUCUUUAAUUUAAUUACACAAUUUUCCUUUUUGCUUGUAUUUCUCAUCACGCCUUAAUUUAACGGUUAACGCGUCUCCCUGGUAUGUUCAACUUACCAGCCGUCGUGUAAAUCCUGUACUUAAGGUUUGCGCUAAAUUCGUAUAUCUGGACUAACAAUUCUUAACAGCCUGGAUUUUAAGGCAGUGUACAUUAUGUCACGUGAAUAUGAUUAUCUUCCAGACACGUGGUUUCAGAAUGCGAUAGUGUCUAUGACAGCCUGAGAGUCGCGUUUGAAUAUCACCACACCGAAUAAACCCGGCAAUUCUUUGCAGGAUCAGAAACAUGAGCUUUUAAAUGAUUUUCUCGGCUUUGAACGUCGAUCUUAAUAUUCAAGAAUGACCAGUACUCUUACCUUUGCCCAUAAUAACAACAUGAGAAAUAAAACGAGUCGAGACGAAAAUCUCGUGGCUAAUCUGCAUGGCCUUUACAGCAUGGGUACAUAGCUGUUUAAAAAAAACCGGUUACUGAAAAAAAAACGAAACUACACAAAAGGUUUAUGCCCUUAUUGAUAUUAAAUUAGAGAGAUGUUUCUCUCUUUAUUUUAUUAUUGAAAAUUGAUAUCAACAAGAGGAAGACUUAAACUGCAGGUCUAGAGACAGGUGGAUUGUCAUGCUGUCAAUCGUUGACAGGUACGGUACCUGGUGGAAAUAAUCUUAUUAAAAAAUAACCUCGACUCGUUAUUCAUCAUGUCCAAGCUGGAUAUUAGUUUCUCUAAGCUCGAUUGCCAGUCGUUAAAACGAAGUUCUUUUUGCGCUUUUCUCCCAAAGGAACGCUAAGGCACAAAACAGCUUGUAAACUUGCCUAUGGGUAUAUUCAACAGGGUGCCAUUUACAGCGCGAACGAAUUUUUUCACCUGCCAAAAUUGUCUCAAGAGUCACCAAACUUUAAAGAUGCCAUACAAUAGAUUUGAAGGCGAUAAAAUCCGUUGUUCUUUGAAUACUAUCCCCUUCGUCGGGUCAUCUUAGUUCGCGAACGUGGUCAAUUAAAGUUACUUUUUUAACCGACGAUCUUUUUUGGUUGCACGAAAAAUUUCGCGUGUCUCAGGUGCGAACAAAGUUACAAAUAAAUUGGUAAUUACAAAAUUUUUAAAUUUCUUGCAAACGGCAAAAUCUAGUUUUUCUUGAAGUUCAAACAGGGCCAGGACCUCAAGGUUAUGCAGUGUCGGUGACGUAUCCGACGCUUAGACCACGUGACCCGAGCAAAUAAAUCGUGAGGAAUAAAGACGCCCGUGCCUUGGCAAACUCGUCAGGGCUACCGGGAAUUCCUCCGUGGAAUGAGACGUUUUUUCUUAUUUUGUUUAGUGGGCUAUCAUUUGCCAUUAAGCGAAAUAUGGACAAUGAAUAACAUGCAAAGUAAAUAUGUAUAAUCGCUAUAAUGGCGCGAAUAAUUACAAAAAUUAUAACUUUUUCAGUAACUUUUAAAAGGUUCAGUAAAUUGACAGCAUAUGGAAACGAAUUAAACUUCGAACAGUGCGAGUAACAUCCUAAUCUUUGAAAUACUUUGUUUGGCUUUUGCAAGUUUCUCCAAUUUGUCCCGCAGUGGAACUAACAGAGCAUGGGCUUAGGAUAGUGGAUCGACUUCUCUAGCCUCGUUUACAGACUUGUUUAAAUUGCUUUUGCGCAAACAAGUGACACCCAUUUAAGUAAUAUUUUCGUUCUUUAAUGUUAUUAUUUUCUUUUAAUCAGUCUUGUGUCUGUGAUUUUAAAUUCACUCAAAGUGCUUGGAAAACGAGCAAAGACGUCGAAGUCGAAACAUUGGAAAGCUCCCAGACCUCAUAUAAUCAUGAUUGUCGCUGAUGACCUGGUAUGGAACAUCUUACUAUAAGUAAACUGAACCUAAAUAAAAUUUCAGAGGCAAACAGCAGUUCUUGGUGGAAGUGGCUAAAAAAAGUAUUCAUCGGGGGAACAAUAGUGAAGUUUACAGUCUUCAAAUAUAGGAAAACAGGGAGCAUCUUAGUUUCUCGUCCGCCUUAGUUUGUCUUUUCUUUUUCGCCAAAAAUCGAAACACUCAGUUGCUUUGUUGUGGCUUGGAAUUACCAAUCAGAGGUUUCACGGAAAGUAUUCUGUGCAGGAUGUUAGUUUGGAAAUGGAAGGAAAAGAAAAACUAAAAGCAAAUUGGCGCGACUGGAAAGAAUUCACUGGUCAAAGUUAUCGUUUUUGUUCAUUUUGGUGAUAGCAAGAGUGAUUGAACGUGUGGAUACCUUGAAAUGGACAGUUCUCCUUGUUAAAAGGUUUCUUUUAGAAAGGUUGAAACAUGUAUUUUCAAAGAGUUUCUGCUGCAUUCUGUUUUUUAGGGCUGGGAUGACGUUAGUUUUCAUGGCUCUCCCCAAAUCCCCACUCCACAUAUCGAUAAGUUGGCCAACGAAGGUGUGAUAUUAAACAGUUAUUACGUUUCACCAAUCUGCACUCCAACCCGGGCCUCUAUUAUGACCGGUAAACAUCCGGUCAACCUAGGUAAGUUAUAUCUCAUUCACCAAAAGUAAGCAAGGAAGCUCCGCUUACCCAUGCAUACAGUCAAAUCACUCCUGCAGUGAGAACAAAUGAAGGAACAGAGAAUUAACUCUGGAGUGAAAAUUCGACCGCCACAAAUAGCCAUUAAACCCACUGUGCAUUAGCCUUAGUACAAAGAAUUAGACCAUACGAGCAGAGAAAAGUCUUUUGACCUCCCUUAAAGAUCUAUUAAGAGUGACCAUUGAGUACAAAAAUUAUGUUUACAGGGUCUUACAAAACUCUACCUUAUUGGAAUUACUUGGAAUUCGAAUUAAAAGAGACCAUAACAGAAACAUUUAAGGAUGAUUAAGAGACGAUUUGACAGCCACCGAUAGGUUCCUUUUAAAAAUAAUCUUAAUAACAAAGAAAGAGAAUUCGAGAGAAGGGUGCCUAUAUCAUGAAUGUUCGAAUGAUGCAUGGGGCAGAAACCACUCGGCACUCACUCAUCAGCAUAGUAUUCCCAGGGAAAAGAGUCUCACUUGCUGGCGGUCACAGACCCUGCCUUACGAGUGCAAAGAACUCCCUAAAACCAAGAAUUAUGCCAUGCUGAUGAGCCGUUAUGAGUACCACUGCCCGGGCGAUUUGGUAACUGUAGCCUUAACAGGUGCUUCUUUCCUGAAUUUUAUUCUUACUUCUGAUUUUGUUUUAUUGCUUUAGCUUUAGAGAUAUGAGGCUUAUAUUUGAGUGAUUGUUCAGUCAAUUAGUUUUUACGUAAUAUUUUACAGGUAUUCAACAUGCAACCAUAUUUGGUACUCAGCCGUACGGUCUUCCGUUGGGCGAGGCCACUGCACCACAAUAUCUCAAGGCACUUGGUUACCGGACCCACGGCGUAGGAAAGGUAGAUUAAGCAGCUUAAGCGACAACGACAGCGCGGCUACUCAAACGUCACUUAAAAAUUGAAUUCGCGCUGCUGCAAACUUUGUCGCGGCUAUUCCAUCUCGCUCAAUUCGUCAGUUGUUGGUAAUUUUUUCUGGAGUUGAAUUCCUAGAGAGGUAGACUGCAAAACAGUGACUUUCUAUGGAUAAUGAAAAGCCGUUUAUUUCAGGUAUAUUCUGAGAUCAAGGUAAUUGAUUAAUGAAGGUCCUGAGAACGAGAUUGUCUUUUGACAAUUAUUUUAACAGGGAAACUUUACUCGUUUAAGUCUGAAUACUUAGUUAAUUUCUAAUCGUCUUUCCAGCUUAAUUGUUUCUGGAUGUUUUCUUUCAGUGGCAUCUUGGAUUUUUUGAGAAGGAGUACACGCCCCUGUAUCGCGGGUUUGAGAGUUACUACGGCUUCUGGAAUGGAAAGGAGGACUACUGGGACCACACAUCACUAGAAGAUGUCUGGGGUACAGAUCUGAGAAAUGACAUGGAGGUAGACUCAGGCUAAACUAUUAUGCGCAUGCUCAUGGUUGGGUUGUUGAUGACGUAGCAUUCUCAUUCCCCACUUUAGAAACGAAAAGGAAACUUGGCCUAGUUAGUCUUCGCAAAGACAGGAGACAGGGGAAAAAAAUUGGCCAAUAGCUGAUAGGGACGUCUGCAGCAACUAUCCCAGACGUCUUUGCGAAGGCUAACUCGGCCCAGUUUCCUUCUCGUUUCUAAAGUGGGGAAUGAGAAUGCUACGUCACCAACAACCUUACCACGGGCGUACUGGGGAUGCGCCUAUCGGCUAUUGGCCAAUUUUUUUCCUCUGUCCCCAGUAACAGUCCCAGGCGGCUUUGCGAAAGUUUAGCUCGGCACAGUUCCCUUGCCGUUUCUAAAGUGGCGAAUGAUCAGAUCCUGUCGUUUGUUUUGGUCUAAAAUAAAGCUGAGAGACACUAGGAACGAGAAUGGUAUCUUAUUUGGCUUUUUGAAUUAUACGGCAUACAGGUACCUACAUGGCUAAAAUACCAACUUAGAAAGUGACAAAAUUUUUUUUUAUUUAGCACGCCUAACAGACCUAUCUCAAGAUCCUGCCCAGUUCUUAAUACAGAGAAUUCAAAAGCGAGUUUCAGUUCAUUCCACAGAGUUACUGUUUUUUUUUUCUUUUUCAGUUUUUUCUUUUAAUUUUCUUUUCUUCAAUUACUUCUUUUUUGGCCUACCUGCUCUAAGACAUUGGCUGAUUUUGGUGGUAGAAACUUUAUCUUUCUCUCACUAUUAUUUUUCUGUAGCCUGUCAAAAAUGAAAGCGGUCACUAUGGUACAGAGUUGUAUACAGAAAUAGCUGAACGGAUUAUAGAUACCCACAACAAGUCUGAGCCACUUUAUUUGUACCUCGCACAACAAGCUGUUCACUCAGCCAAUGAACAAGAUCCUCUGCAAGCACCGAAAAGACUGCUGGAUGUAAGUGAGAAUAGAGCAUACGCGAUGGACGUUCGACCCUGAUUUUAUCUCGUCUCCGCAAGGGCCUGUUUCUCGAAAGGCCCGGUAACUUUUCGGGUCCAUAUUUUGAAAUCAACACCUGUUGAAUAGUAGGCACAGUUCUUAACUCACAAACCGGCCAAUUUGCUUCGUUAACUGCUAGUUUCAAUAUACCAUUUUCAAAAUUAUUGAAACUUUGAUCUUGAAUACAAACACGACAAACAUAAAACAGCUUUUCGGGCCCAAAAAGGUAUGGGCACUUUCAGAAACGGGGCCCUGAAUAUCAGGCCAGUGCUCUUAAAAAGAUACUUUUCUCAUUAAAUGUUUUUUUUUCGCUUUAUUUAUGAACUAAAUGCAUGAGCCCGGCUGCACAAUGGAAAGAUUGGUUAAGAUUCGGUGUAUUCGACAUAUCCUUGCCAAAUAAGGUUUUUGGAAAGUAGGUGAAGGGUCCCACACAAGCAAAAAGAAAAAAACCCUGUAUUUAUAGGCUGCUUUGAUGAAUUCACUGGCAGUUAUCUCACUUUAAAUUCAAGGUCUUCAAGCUCGAACGUUUGUCUUUUCCACGACUCAUUGCAAUGGAAGUCAGCAUACAAAUCAAUCAAGUAUUAAUUUUUUAAAGCAAAAUCUGGAUUUUUAGAACCUGCUAGGAAAAAGGCAAAAAACGAAUAUGGAUUUAAAUAAUUGGGAGGUUAAAAAAAUCAGGGUUAAAACUACAGAGUGAAUUUUCGCAAGGUACAAACAAAGCUUACAAAAGUUGUAUGUAGGUUCUAUGUCUAAUUAUGUCAUCUCAAUUUUGUAUUUAGAAAUUACCCCGUUUUUCAUCUGACGAAAGAAAAAUGUACGCGGCGAUGGUAGCUUCGUUAGAUGAGUCAGUUGGCAACAUAACUAAAGCUCUGAAAAGAACAGGAUUAUAUGAUAAUUCUGUUAUUGUCUUCACUACUGACAACGGAGGUGCACCCAGAGGAUUUAACUGGUAAUAGGAUCAGUUUAGGUUCUAGGAAACUGCCUACCCACCCCACCCCUAACCCAUGUUUCUCACUGACGUGUGACUAAAGGGCAGAAAUAUGGGUUAGGGUGGGGUGGGUGGACAGUUUCCUAGAAACCUAAAGUGAUCCGAUUUUCUUAGGCUAUGUUCACAAUAUACCAGUUAGCUCUUGCGCCGGCGCGAAAAUUAUACCGGAGAGGGCUUCUGUUCACAUAUGAGGACGGUGAUUUCGGCGCGAAUUCUGUAACGGAGCGAACAGAAGCUGUGCCGCACCAGGAGCCCAUGGCCGCACUGAUCUCGAAAGUGUAGCGUCGCAUAUCGGAUAGGUUCUGUGCCUCACUUUGGUGCAGUGUGAACAGGUAUUGGGACCGUGGCGGAAGUGAAUAAGUGGGAGUGAGGACUGGAAUCCACUAAGACGGAAGUAAGCGACUUGUUCCAGUUCUGUGCCGUUGCUGUUCAUAAUAUAACGCAUAGCUUUUUGUGUUGGCACCUUAGUUUCUUUAAUACAGUUGAACCUCUCUACAACGGGCACCUUGGAGACAGAAGAAAGUGGCCGUUAUAAGAAGGUUGCCGUUGCAGAGAGGUUUUAAACAAGAGUCAAUGCAUGGAUUGUCCGCCGGGACAAAAAAAAGUGACCGUUGUAGGGAGGUGGCCGUUAGCGGAGGAUAGACUGUAUAUAGAAAUGUAUGUUACCUUUCUACGUAAGCCUAAGCCUGUGGAAAAGACCAGCUAAUUAUGUGAUGUGAGUGGAAUACGGCCAGUCCUUUUAACAACUCGGGUUUCAGUCUUUGUUUCUGCAUUUGCUUAAUAAAAGUAUACCGCUUAGGUAUAAAAAGAUGGAGCAGUUUCAUCACUCUUUGCUUUUCUUUACUGAAGAUAAUACUGAAAUUAGAUCAUCAAAUCAAGAAAUUGUCUUUAAUUUCAACCUCUGUAGGAAUCAAGGCUGUAACUUUCCCUUUAAAGGAGGUAAAGACACCUUCUGGGAGGGAGGGGUCCGUGGAGUGGGAUUUGUACACAGUAAGCUGAUUAAGAAGAAAGGGCGUGUCAGCUAUGACUUGAUUGACGUCACAGACUGGUUACCAACCUUCUAUCAUUUGGCCGGAGGUGACGUUACUGCCAUCCAGGAUAAGAUUGAUGGCAUGAAUCAGUGGGACACUAUUGCACAUGGCAAAAAGUCACCAAGAACUGAGGUAAAGAGAAACAAUUUUGGUCUAAACAUGCUAUCGUAAAACAAGAACAUUAACCAAAAAAACAACAACAUACAGCUUGGAGAAAAGCGCUGUUUCUUUCUUCAUUUCUUCAAUUCCGAUUCUCCGUUUUACUUUUCUUUAUUUCAUUACGUUUGCUCUAGGUUCUUCACAACAUAGACCCAAUCCGCAAGUUUGCAGCCAUUCGUAUGAAACAGUACAAGCUGAUUAUUAACCAAGAUGCUGUGUUCAAAACUACAUGGCACCCGCGCUACAGCUUCACCGAAGAAUUGGACGGUGAUCAGCAGCCCUCCACGUUACCUGGCGCGGUUAUCAAGUGCGGGAAAUGGGACAAAAGUGAAGCGGCUUCUUGCGAUACUGAUAUUUUUCCUUGCUUAUUUAAUAUCGAAGAAGGUACAUCGAUUUUUGAUGUUGUCAGUGUAUUAUCUUUUAACUUACCUUAAGUUUUGCAGCAACUCAAAUAAUCAACACUGUAUUACUGGUGAGCUCCCCGCCAGGAAACACACCCUCCCUGAGGCCAAGUUAACUAUUCUCUCAACGGGGCUAUCUUUAAGCGAUUCGUCACCAACGCACUAAAACCAGGGCGAGCACCCAGUUCAUACUGAUUGGUUGAAAAAGUGGAGCGGGAUUUUCAGCCAAUCACAGGGCUGGUCUUAAAGAUACAAAAUCAAAGACAUGAAGAAAUCAAUUUAGACCGGCACUAAGAAGCAUCGUUGUCACGGUUGCUGUACUUCUAUGAAAGAUAGACAAGCUGACUUAUUGUAAAUGUAAAAUGUUCCACUUUUGCUUGCCUGGUGUUUUCUCAGUCUCAGUACUUUUAGACGUUUGUGUGAUAUUCCUUAAAGUUUUAACCUGCCUCGCCUGACAAAACAGCUGAGAUUUCAUGACACUACCGUUGGUUUCUACGCGGAACUGAUGAAAUCUAAGAAACGGGCGCAGAAAAUCCAUACUAAUGACGUGUCACUACCCAAAUCUGGGCAGUGCUUGUGAUUGGUUGGAAAUUUGAUCAUUGCUCGUAUCUCAGACGUCAUUUUGCGUUGGCGUCACGAGAUGUCAGCUGCCCUCUCAAGCUAUAUUAGCCUUUACCGACUUUUGUUUUGGCAUUUCUCUUUCAGAUCCCUGUGAGUACAAUAACAUAGCGCACUCCAAUCUUGACAUUGUUCAAAAGCUGCUUCACAGGCUUAUCAAAUACCAGAAAAAUGCUCGUCCAUUGUGGUUCCCUGAUAGAGACCCGGAAGGAGAUCCAGCAUACCACACAGGAAGCAACAAAGGAUACUGGGCACCUUGGAUGGAGUCCGAAACCAAUGAAAAGAUUUUAAAGAAAGUUCUUGAUAAUAUUGCAGUAAUCAGUGGCAAAAGACAUCACAAGGAAUGCCCUCCGAUGAACAAUGUAACUGUAAUAGAAAAAGAGCAUAGUACUCAUGCAGAAUACGAUAAAGACGUGUAUUACAUGCUGAAGGGGAUUCUCCACCAGGCUAAUAAAGGGAAAAAGGGUUUGAUCCCUAAAAAGUUUAAUGUGUUAAUGAAAGAGUCAUUGGCAAUGUUGUAUAGCAAGAUGAAACACAAGACAAGAGCUGAUAAUUUGAUGCACAAGCUGCAGCUGAUUAAAAAGGCUCAAGUCGCAAAUGGAGCAAAGAGGAAUGAUAUUGAAAACCUUGCUACAAGUGAGAAUAACUUUUCAGAAAAUGCGGAUGAAGAUGACAUGGAAAUGAAAAGUGUUUCAGGGGACGACGAGCGAGAAAUAGAAAAUGUGAAUACUUUGGAUGGUAGCUCGGACCUAGAGAAACAAAAUAAUAUUAAAGAAGUGGAGUCAGUGGAUGGAAAUCACAGUAAGAUUGAAGGAGAGAGCAAUAUUGAA